AUGGGUGUGGAUGGUGUAAACAUCCAGGUUCCCACCAAAAUUUCCAGAUUAUCAAGGGCAUUAGACGACAAAAGUUGGUGGAAAGCCAAAGAAUUUGAAAAUUGGUUGUGGUACUAUUGCAUACUAACAUUAUCGUGCAUUUCACACAUGUCCCCGUACGUGAACAACUUUUCUUUACUAGCACAUGGAUAUUAUUUAUUGAGUAUGAACAAAGUCAGUCAUAUGCAAGUCCUGGUUGCCAGGUAUAAGUUAUUUAAAUUUGUUGCUGAAACCGAAGAAUUGUAUGGACCAUCAGCGAUGAGCUUCAACGUUCAUCAGUUGAUGCACCUAGCACAAAGCGUCUUAGAUUAUGGUCCACUUUGGAGUCAUAGUGGUUACUGCUUUGAAACUGGAAACGGGCAACUAUUACGAAAAGUGCACGCAGCCAAAGGGGUGAUUCAUCAGUUAUGCAGGACUUUAAAUAUGAAACAAGCUGA